UCCAAGUAUCUUUACCGAAUCCUGAGUAUGAAAUACUUUUUAAAAGGAUCAAAAAGUUGGAAAGUCUUAAUCAACAACUAUUAUCAGAAAACGAAACACUAAAAAGAUUGUUAAACGAAAAGCUUACCGACGAACAAGAUCAUUUGAAGUUGGUAAUGGAGAUUGCUAAAAUGAAAUGA